AUGGAGGUUCCUUCUGCAGAUGGGUCAGCGCCUGCAGGUGCUAUGGGUGCACCUGUAGGUGGCAUGCCUAUGAGCAUGGGGAAUCCAGCCUUCACUCACCAAGAUCGGGGUUCGCCCAGAACUCCAGCUCCGCGUUUGCCUGGCUUCACAGCAGCCGGAAGGUUACGACAACCAAGUCCGACUGGUGAACUUAGCGGUGUUGAAUUGCUCUUGUUGCAGCAAAACCAGUUGCUCAUGAGCCAAUUGAAGGAGUUGCAAGCGCAAGUGCAGACUUCGCAGUCGCGUGAAGACAAGGUGGCUGCCAGUGAGGCUUUGAAGUCUAAGUUGUUCCAGCAACCUCAAGACUUGCUGGAUGGAGUGGAUCCUGCCUUACGCAAGAUCUUCGAUGAUUUCACAAAGGAAGUGAGGCAGCUUCUCAGCGCUUGGGAGACGCAAACCAAAUUGCUUGAGAAGUACAAAAAGCUUGUUGAAGAGGGCCAACUCCACUCGCACUUCAAAGCUGAAGCAGAGUUCCGAUGGCAGUUCACGAAAAUCUACCUUGCCCAAGCCAUGCCGACAGCAGGUGAUGACAUGAGUGACGCACCCUUUUCUGUGGUUGAUGCUUGGGCUGCAAUGCGCGAACGACAUGCCAAAGAAUGUUUCGAGUUUAUUGUGCAGCAUCAGGAGAAGUGCGUCAAUCUCUAUGAUGGCCUGAUUGAAUGCACCGCUCUGAAGCAGUCACUUCUUGACAAGUUGGAUGCAUGGUUCGCUCAGCACAGCUUUGCAGAUGCAGACAUUUGUGGUGCGUUAAAGCUUCGCGCAGAGCAGUACGUAGAAAGCUUGCUGCGAGCAGAAAGGCCUACAAAGAUCAAGGAUGACAGCGCGUUAGCAUUUCUUGUCAAGGACAACGCCGAGCUUUGCCAGAAACACAAGCUAAAGAUUGUCGAUCCUAAAGAACAGCCGUUCCCCUUCUCGGACUCCAAGAUCGCCAAGGGCCGAUCCUUUUGGCUUGACGAAGACAGAUGCAGCAUUGACUUCUACAGGUUCUGUGUCGCCCAGUCUUUGCGCACAGGAUUUUAUGCUUUGCUGCACAGGCAAGUCUACAAAGGAGUUCACAACCUGGUCCCUGCUGAUGUGAUUACCGUUCCCAAAUACGUUCUUUUGCAUGUUGCCAAAGGUGGCAAGUUCAUUCCCACUAGCAAGCCAACUUCUGUGCCAAGAGUCAUUGAUGGUUUGGGUCAGUUGCGGAGGCAGCUGCUUUUGCGGAAGCAUUUUGCAGCUCACCCUGAUGCAGCUGUAAUGUCCAAGUGUCGUUUGAGAAGUGCAUGGCAACCGCCAAGUGAUCCUCAUAUCGACGCCUAUGUCAGACUGGCCUUGCGGGAACUGGCUGAGUUUGAGCCCAAGCCUUUCAAGUCAAAUCAGUCUUGGUUGGAUCGGAAAGCACAGAGUUGGCUGCGAAGUCACGCAGAAUUCAUUUGUAUUGUUGACUGUGACAAAGGUCUUGGAGAUGCCUUGGUUUUGAGAUCCUGGGUUGUUGAGCAAGUCCACUUGCAGCUUGCCCAGGGUUAUACACAGGUCACGCCGGCAGUUGCACGUCGUCAAAUGGCAGAACUCAAGCAAUUUGCCGACGCCAUGCUACAUCAUUUUGCUGCCUCAGGGCUGCUUUCGAGAGCUGAGAUUCUUUUCGUUCUCAGCAGUUUUGGUCAAACAGCUGCCGGUACGUUUCGCAUACUAGUCAAGGUGCACAAGUGCCCGACUGGUUCAAGGCCUAUUUGCAACCUUCGUCACUGUUGGUUCCAACCUUUUUCAGUUUUUCUGGUUGAGAAGCUGGGCCCGCUUGUGUCCAGUUUGAGUUCAGUGAUUGUAUCAACAGACCAACUUUUGCAGCAGCUUGAUCAUGUCACUUGUCUUCCGAGUAUGUGCCUGGUUACGCUUGACGUGGUAAACCUUUAUCCGUCGGUAUGCCGCCGCCACAUGAUGUCUUUGGUUGCUCCAUUCGUGAGGCAGAGGAUGUCGAAUCAGAGCCUCUGUGAGUUCAUCAUUCGGGCUCUUGAGCUCGUGCUCGAAGCUUGUGUUGUCUCUUUUGAUGGCUGCUGGUACCAAUCGCGUGAUGGGAUACCCACGGGUUUAUCGGUUGCGAGCAUUCUUGCGAACAUCUACCUCUGGCACUUUGACAAUUUCUUGCUGCAGCAAGGUGGAGAGCAGUUGCAACUGAUCAGGCGUUUCAUUGACGAUUUGUUACUGCUUUGGUCUGGAGAUGUAAGCUUGUUGACUUCACUGGCGAACUCUUGGCAUGAGUCUUUGAGGUUUGACUUAUCUGCCCACGGUGAUGUUCAUUUCCUGGAUGUUGCCCUUACCAUUUUGCCGAACAGAAGGAUCCACUGGAGUCUUUUUCACAAGCCACAGAACCUUUAUCUUUAUGUGCCUGCUCACAGCAAUCAUCCCGCAAGCGCUCUCAAGAGCUUGCAGAUUGGAGGGGCAUUGAGAUGUCAGAAGCGAAAUCGUCUCUGUGCAGAUGCUUUGGCCAGCUUGAAGCUUUUCAAACGCCGUUUGAAAGACAGAGGUUUCGAUCUGAAACGCUUUGAUGUCAUCAUUGCCAAGUACCAGCGAUGUCCGAAGAAGCAUGCCCCUAGUGUGAGGAAGGUACACUUGAAAAUUCCUUACAACAAAGAUGUGUCACCUGCUUGGAUUUCAAGCAAGCUUCGCAAACAUUCUGCGUUACUAAAGCGCGGACUUCCAGAUGUACAGCCGGAAUCUCUUUCGGCGCAGAUACCAGGAAACUUGGAAAUUUUUCAGUCGUAG